AUUCUUCUUCCUCUCAAACCCAGAAACCUAAUUUUUCCAACCGUUCGAUGGAGACUUGUGGGUCGCGAGAAAGUUCGGAUUUUUAGGGUUUGAAGAUUCAAAAAAAUCAAAAUUCUGGUCACGUGAAGAACAUGAAUAGCUGCUUCCUUUUACGUUUUUGAAUUUGGGGUUUUCUGGAGAAUUUAUCUGUCUAGAUUGAAGAACAGAGCGGUGAUAUUUCAAUUCAGACAAUGCCAACUUCUGUUAGUCUAAGAGAGGAUGAUCCUCUGUUGAAGGAUUUAAGUGAGAAGAAGCAGAGUUUUAGGAGAAAUGUGGUGUCUUUGGCCACUGAGUUGAAAGAAGCGAGGACUCGUCUUGCGGAACAGGAGCGGUCGUGUUCAAAAGAAGCCAUGUCUAGGCAGGAGGCAGAAACAAGAGUUAAGAGAAUGGAAGAUGAAAUGCAUGAACUUGCUAAGGAACUAAACAAGAAAGUUGAGCAGAUUCGUGCAUCGGAUGUUGCUACUGAGAAGUUUGUGAAGGAAUUGGGUGAUAUCAAGUCACAGCUUGCAGCAACACAUGCAACUGCAGAGGCAAGUGCGUUGUCAGCUGAAUCAGCACAGUCUCAGUGUAGAGUGCUUUCGAAACAAUUGCAUGAGAGGACCGGUUCUUUGAAAGAGCAUGAUGACCAAGUUACUAGACUUGGUGAGCAGCUAGAGAAUCUACGAAAUGAGCUGCAAGCUAGAGAAUCUUCACAGAAGCAGCUAAGAGAUGAGGUUUUGAAAGUUGAAGCUGACAUUAUGCGGGCUGUAUCAGUGGUCAAGACAAAGGAGAAUUCUGAGGUGCGGAAAAUGCUAAAUGAAGAUCCUCCAAAGAAUUUUGAAAGAAUCAACAAACUUUUGACGGCUAAAGAUGAUGAAAUUGCAAGACUCAGAGAUGAACUAAAGAUUAUAUCGGCUCAUUGGAGGUUUAAGACAAAGGAAUUAGAAGAUCAGGUUGAGAAUCAAAGAAGAAUCGAUCAGGAGCUGAAGAAGAAGGUGCUGAAGCUGGAAUUUUGCUUACGCGAAACACGCAUCCAAACUCGAAAACUUCAAAAGAUGGGAGAGCGAAAUGAUGUGGCAAUACAAGAACUCAAGGAGCAAUUGGCUGCAAAAAAACAGCAUGAAGCUGAUCUUUCUAGCAACCAAAACUUGUGGGAUAAAUCAGGUUUCAAGAUUGUUGUCUCCAUGUCGAUGCUGAUAUUAGUUGCCUUUUCUAGGCGUUGAAUUAGCAAUGAAAACAUUUUAGAUCA